CCCGGCGGCGCCGCCCGCCGUGCGCGGGCCGGUGCCAGGGCCGGGACCGGGGCCGGGACCGGGGCCGGGAUGCGGCUGCAGUGCGAGGUGGAGGUGCUCAGCCGGCUCCUGCCCACCUGCGGGCUGCGGGGCCGCGGCCGCGCCGCGCGGGCGCUGCUGUCGCUCGGGCGCCCGCCCGGCGCUGCCGGUGCCGGGAUUUACCUCAUGGUGUGCACGGCGCGGGACCGCGGCGGGGCUCGGUGCAGCAGAACGUGGAGCGGCUCUUCACGCGCUUCGUGGAGGAGGGAAAGGCCACGGUGCGGCUGCGGGAGCCCGCGGUGGAUCUGUGCCUCAGCAAGGGUUUCUCAGCAAGAGGCAAAUGUGAUCAAUUUAAAGACUUUCCUUUCAGCCGUGAGACUGGCUCACCAAGGCAACGACACCGGAGUCCUCCCUCUCUCACCUCUGGUCCCAGCAAAGAACUCCGACGUGGAGAAACCCAAAACCAAAAUGAUCAUCACUUCCAGGAGGGAUUAUCCCCUCACCAAGAGCUUCCCUUUCUCCCUGGAGCACCUGCAGACCUCGUACUGCAAGCUGGCCAGGAUCGACAGCAGGGUGCUGUGCCUGAAGAAGCUGCGCAAGCUGGACCUGAGCCACAACCACAUCAAGCAGCUGCCGGCCACGCUGGGGGACCUGGUGUGCCUGCAGGAGCUCGACCUGCACGACAACCACCUGGAGGCCUUCAGCGGGGCCCUGUGCAGCUCCGGCCUGCAGAAAUCCCUGCAGCUGCUGGACCUGAGCCAGAACCAGAUCCAGGCUCUGCCCCUGGAGUUCUGCCAGCUGCGGGGCCUGGUGCAGCUGCGGCUGGACGACAACGCCCUGCUGCGCCUGCCCUGCCGCAUCGGGCAGCUGAGCCGCCUGCGCUUCCUGUCGGCCGCGCGCAACAAGCUGCCCUUCCUGCCCUGGGACUUCAGGAACCUCUCCCUGGAGAACCUGGACCUCUUUGGGAAUCCUUUCGAGCAGCCCAACCCGCUGGUUCCCAACAUCCAGCUGAAGAUCCCCUUGACUCUGCUGGAGUGUGCUGCCAGGGCCACCGUCAAUCACAGGAUCCCUUAUGGCUGCCACCUCCUCCCUUCCCACCUGUGUAAGGAUCUGGAGGUGGCCAAGACGUGUCGCUGCGGCAGCGCCUGCCUGAGCAGCUUCAUCCAGAUCACGGUGACCAUGAACCUGCACCACGUGGCGCACACCGUGGUGCUCGUGGACAACAUGGGCGGCACGGACGCUCCCGUGCUCUGCUACUUCUGCUCCCUGCACUGCUACUCCCAGUUCCUGGACAGGCACCUGCAGAGCCACGCCUGACACCUGCCACCACGGGAUGGAGGAGCCUGGAGGUGUCACCUGCGCUGUCACCGGCGCUCCCUGCGGGGAGGGAGGGGACACAGCCUGGCCUGGCCUGGCCUGGCUCUUCUGCCCCUUUGGGAGGGAGUGGACAUGGCCUGGCCUGGCCUGGCCUGGCUCUUGUCCCCCUCUGGAUGGGAGGGGACACAGCCUGACCUCCUCCCCCUCUGGAAUCUCCUCUGCCUGGAGCACAAGGCAGUGCUGAGCUGCAGAGAACCUUCCUCCGAAUGUAUUUCCCUUUUCCUGCUGCCAGGGCUUUCUGUGUUUGUGGGGAAGUGGUUCCUUCUUGGAAGGACAAAGGGAAUUUGGAUUUAUCCCAGAUUUCCCCACAGGAGCCCUGAGCUCUGCCAGGCCAGGACUGCACUCCCCUCUUGCCAGCGGAGGAGAAAUCACAUCCAGAGCAGUUACAGAAUCCCAGGUGCUUCUUUUUUUAAAGGUUCUGUUACAACAUUCCCACUCGGAGCAGGGACCAGCAUUGCUGGGUUUUUACCAGAGCAAACGUUUGUUUUUGGGGUUUCUCUCUUUGUGAUACCAGAAAUGUCUUUUUUUCUAAAUAUGUGCCUGAAACUUUGUUUCUUAAUCCUCCUGUUUUAACCAUUCUGGAAUUUGUUUCACUGUGUUGACUGAUUAAAUUUUGAAAGCCUUCCA